UCAUAUUGUAAUAAUAUUAUUAGUAUUUGUUUGGCCCCAGGGGCACUUCAGACAGGGCAAAAGGGGGCAUCGGACUGAGCCACUUAACCACCACCGUAUGUCGUCUGCACGUCCCUGUGUUUCAGUCAUGUUUUAGUGUCCACUCCUUCCUCCUCUUUAUCUGCGUCUUCUCAGCCGUCGUCUGAAUCUGCUACAAACUGAGAGAGGAGGGCCAGCUUCACCACCACAACACAUAUCGAUAUAACGUUGAGCAGGCGGAAAAUAAGAAGGAAAAAAAUGGAUUAACAGACAUAUAUAUAUAUAUAUUUAUUUAUUAUAGCAGUUAGAAGCACCGCUCUCGGUUCACGGGGAGCUGAUAGAAGAAGAUGACCCUUUUCUCUUCGCUUGAGGAGGCUGUGCUGCUGUGUGGGGGAGUGGGUUACAUCCUGUGGCGUUUCCUGUGUUUGUAAACUAGACGGUCUUGAAAACGUCGGGCGACUGAAGCUGAAAGUUUUAAUGCUAGAUGAGUGAGGUGGGUGUGGCUUCCCACCAGCCCGACCAUCCUGACUGACGGAUCUCUGGAUGACCUUGUCCCCACCCCUGUCCCUGCGCUCACAUACACCACAGCAAUGUCACAUCUGCCCAGCAGCUCAGUCCGCGACCAUAUGAAAUGGGCGGGGCUGCUUGGCUGCGAGGCUGUCCUUUCCAGUAUGGCCCUGAUGCAGGCCAGCUCCAUGGCCGCUCCACCCAAAAAAAUGAUGGCUCCACUUGGCCAUGGACCACCGCAGAGAGAUGGAUCUGACCGUGGUCCCCAGAGCCACAUGAUCCUCCCAUCUGGAAUGAGCUGUCCACCCUUGCUUAUCCGGAAGGAAGGUGAAUUUCAAGCUCCCCGCCUGCUGGACGAGAAGGAGAUGAGGGCCAACGAGGACAUGCAGCAGAAAAAAAAGAACAGGAAAUCAGUAACGCCCUGUAAAGUGAGAGAACAAGAGGGAAGGGGUGGGAAGGGCACAGGAGAUGAGAAUGGUCCAUCAUCCAAAGUGCAGAAAAACUUUAUUUGUGAUCACUGUUACGGAGCAUUUAGGAGUGGAUACCACCUGAAGAGACAUAUCCUCAUUCAUACAGGGGAGAAGCCGUAUGCUUGUGCCGUAUGUGACAUGAGGUUUAUUCAGCGUUACCACCUGGAGAGACACAGCCUCAUUCACACGGGGGUGAAGCCGUACGCUUGUUCCAUGUGUGACAUGAGGUUUUUCCAGCGUUACCACCUGGAGAGACACAGACUCACUCAUACGGGUAUGCGUCCAUUUACCGUACCCAGUUCAAGGGUGAAGCCGUACGCUUGCUCCAUGUGUGACAUGAGGUUCUUCCAACGUUACCAUCUGGCAAGACACAGCCUCACUCAUACUGGGGUGAAGCCAUACGCUUGCUCCAUGUGUGACAUGAGAUUUUUCCAACGCUACCACUUGGCAAGACACAGCCUCACUCACACGGGGGUGAAGCCAUAUGCUUGCUCCAUGUGUGACAUGAGAUUUUUCCAGAGAUACCACCUGGCAAGACACACUCUCACCCAUACGGGGGUGAAGCCAUACGCUUGCUCCAUGUGUGACAUGAGGUUCUUCCAGCGUUACCAUUUGGCAAGACACAGCCUCACUCAUACUGGGGUGAAACCGUAUGCUUGUACCAUGUGUGACAUGAGGUUUAUACAACGUUACCAACUGGAGAGACACAGUCUUACUCAUACGGGGGUGAAGCCGUACGCUUGCACCAUGUGUGACAAGAGGUUUUUUCAGCGCUACCACCUGGCGAGACACAGCCUCACUCAUAUGGGUGUGAAACCUUAUGCUUGCACCAUGUGUGACAUGAAGUUUUUUCAGCGUUACCACCUGGCGAGACACAGCCUCACUCAUACGGGUGUGAAACCUUAUGCUUGCACCAUGUGUGACAAGAGGUUUUUUCAGCGCUACCACCUGGCGAGACACAGCCUCACUCAUAUGGGUGUGAAACCUUUUGCUUGUACCAUGUGUGACAUGAGGUUUGUUCAGCGUUACCACCUGGCGAGACACAGCCUCACUCAUACGGGUGUGAAACCUUAUGCUUGCACCAUGUGUGACAAGAGGUUUUUUCAGCGCUACCACCUGGCGAGACACAGCCUCACUCAUAUGGGUGUGAAACCUUUUGCUUGCACCAUGUGUGACAUGAGGUUUGUUCAGCGUUACCACCUGGCGAGACACAGCCUCACUCAUACGGGGGUGAAGCCGUAUGCUUGUUCCAUGUGUGACAUGAGGUUUAUUCAGCGUAACCACCUGGAGAGACACAGCCUCACUCAUACGGGAGAGAAGCCAUUUGCUUGUGACAUGUGUGAUAUGAGGUUUAUCCAGCGCUACCACCUUGAGAGACACAAGCGUGUCCAUAGUGGGGAGAAGCCUUACCAGUGUGAACGGUGCCAGCAGAACUUUUCACGGACAGACCGGCUGUUGCGGCAUCGGCGGUUGUGCCAGGGUCGUAGCGUAGCCAAAGUAGAGAACCAGCCAUGCUGCGAACCACGCCCAUACGCCCAAGAACCCCCACCCGCACCCCCAACCUGGAGUCCCCUGCAUCCCCCUCCUGGCCGGCUGGCGGUCUGACAUUCCACCUUCCCUACAUCCACACCGCCAGAGAUGGGUCAAGCCACAGGGUUUCUUCUUCUCAGCUCUGUGCUGAGUGACGCCACACUCUAGCACAGACUGAUCUUGCAGCUCCAGUCUUGGGAUUACUAAUGACAGAGGGACAUUUUGUGUUUUUGUUUUGUUGACUUUUUACUGUGUUUCCUUUUCUCCCCAGUUUUUUUAAAGACGAGACUUUUCUGUGAUGAACAGUGGUCCUGUUUUGUACUUAAUCUAUUUGAUUUUUGCAAAAAAAAAAAAAAAAAGUUUUUAUUGUUCAAAUAUAUCUGCAUUUGGUGGUACUCGGGAAAGGGCAGUGGGUAUUGUUUAUCCUGACGUGUUAGCAACAAAAUGGGAUGAAGUGGCGAGGAAACGUAUUUGAACUGCUUUCUGUUUUUUAAAUUUGUGGCCCAUUUUGAUUCAAAAGAAUUGUCACUUAGGUCAAAAUUCGCAAAACUGAACUUUCCUUCCAGGUAAAGCAAGGAAACCACGCUGUUGACAACUCAUGUAGACCAAAUCUGGCUAGCUAUUGCAGCUAACAGUGCUAAACAUUAAGAUGUUUCACUGAAAGCGGUAUCUGGUCUAAAAUAUGAUACAAACAAUAGCCUUUCCCUGGCUUUAUCGACAUAGGAGGUACAGUUUUCAUCAUUAUUUUGUGUAAAUAAUUGAAAGUGUUUAUGUUAUUUCGAUAUACAGCACUUGAGUGGUGAUUUCUUUUUUUUUUAUGCAGAAAAUGGGCCAAAAAGAAACUGAAAAUUAGAAACUGGUUCAAAUACGGUCUGUUGCCGCUCAGUUUCCGUGAGAUCCUGAGGAAACCUGAGUAACUUUUGUGAGUUUGUUUAUAAAAAAAUAAAAAGUAAUAUCAGACAUUAAACCAGGACUUCCAAGAAAUGGAUAACGAGAAGGGGAACCUGCAGUUGACUGGCACUGUGUCAGACAUAAAGCAUUGAGUCACAGGAGUAUCACCUGUGGAUCUCAUGUUCUGUGUCAGGUGUGACAGGCUGGUGACUCGGGGGAAAUGGCACAGGAGGGAGGCCUUAGCAAGUUGUCAUGCUAUAGUACGUUCAGCUGUGUAUAUAUACUGUAUAUAAUAUAUAUACAGAGAUCUCCAGUACCUGGCAAAAAAUGUGUCUCUCUUUGCUCUGUCCAUACAUCCUGGUCUAAAAUUGUGCAGGUUGACCGCUUGAAUUCCCAUUAUGUUGUCUGUACAGAUUCUCACACUGUGAGAUUAGCGGGGGUAUACAAAAUCUUGUGGCCUUAGUUUGUUUCUGGUUUUUUUUGUUUUGUUUUUUUUGUUUUCAUUGGCCUUUUUCUCAACUGUUUAUAAUUGUUGAUGAGAUGUAUUUACUAAGACGAGACAGCCUUUCAUCAUCAUGGUAUGGUUUUUUUUGUUUUUUAUUAUCCUAAAGCUGUCAUGGUUACAGAAUGUCGAUGGCUUCAGUGGCGCUAAAACAGACUAAUGUGUUCUCCUGUCGAGAGAGGUUGUCUUUUGAUGAUAAUGAAUAUUUUGGGUCAUUGUUACUGAUUACAGUGUAACGCAGUCUAUAAUCCUUAAGGUGCCCCUGGGAGUUUGACGGUCCUUGUGAGAAGUCGGUAGUGCUAAAACGUUUCCCACUGCAGUGCUUUGGCUGGUCGAAGGCCAUAGCAGAAUCAACACUUGCUUGACUCUACUACACACUAACAAUUGCCUUCUUAUCCAAAUAUUGUGUGGUUGGUGUGUAAUAAUGGAUGUCUGUCAUGUCAUUGGGUUUAGCCUUAAGUAAGUGCGGAUACACAAAUAAUCAUUGUAGUACUAAAUGAUAUUGUAACGAACGAUUUCUUUUACCUAUGAUGAACUUUGGUCGUACUAUGUGAAAGUCUUUGACGGGCAGACAGCAAAGAAGCCGGUGGAUCGGGGGCCACUUUGCUGCCUGUUGGAAAAAUUUCUCAAACUUGAUCCUUUCUGUGACUGGUGAGCUAGUGAUUGCAUUGUCCUAACUGUUCUGUUAAACCCAGAAAUGUCAGUGCCGGGUGGGAAGAUUUGUCUGCUAGACUAAACAUACAUGUACAUAUCAAGACAUUACAACCCAUUCUUUGACGCAACAGCAAGUAACAGACGGCUCAAACCAUCGAGGGUGAUUUCAAGGGACUACAGUCUCAUUUGGAUCAUCCUGAGGAGAGAACAACUUCUUUUUGUUUUUUUGUUUUUUAUUUAAAGGUCCAGAUAAGCUUUAGACUGAAUGUAGAGAUGGAACCCCAGAGUGCAUUAUCUGGUCUCUGAUUUGUAGGAUGAACAGGAUGUUUGAUACAAAUAAGUAGCUGAUUACUGAGUUAAAUGAUAUUUUACCAGAAGUAUUAUUGGGAAGAUUUUUUUUCUUUUGAAAUGGUCCAGUGAUAUCAAGGCAAAGUUGCAUUACGGUUUAUGUGUGUACAGAGGUGGGAUUCAGUUUUUUACGUGAUUUGGUAAGAUGGAGUAAAACCCAGUGGCAGCUAAGGGGCCAAGUUUGAGAAAUGGAUUCAUUUGCUCUGGAAACACUAUUUCAAAUCUGUGGAAGGGAUACUGCUGGCACGAGCACAUACUGAAAUGGCUAAAGGGCAAUACAGUAUAUAGUUGACGUCACUUGUUAAUACCUUUUUGUCAUUUAUUGUUUUUAGUAUUAUCAAUCUCAUUGUUAAAAUGCAAUAGAAUCCUUGAGUCUCAGAUCAUUUGUUUAUAAGAUUGAGGUUUAAUUUUUCAGACAGAUCUGAGGAUUUGAUUCUGAGAAUUUUCUCAUCACAUUAUGAUGAUUGUUUCAAGGACCUUUUUUUAUUCUGAUGAAAUUGUAAACACUGGAGUGAAAGGAAAGAAAAGACAAAAAAGAGAGAUGGUAUUUUUUUUUUUCCUUCAGACUGUACUAGAUUUUAGGUUUUAGACAAAGCCUAUUUCUCCUCAACUUGACACAGAAGGUGGACAGAACAAUUUGGAUCAGUACAGUUGAGAGCCCAGUAUGUUUGGUAAUUUUGACAUUAGAGGCAGUAGUACCACAAGAAAAUGUUUUCUUUCUUAUACGAAGUCCCUGGUAUUUGUAGUAAAUUAUAUUGAUAAUGGUAUUAGAUGAACAACAGCAUAACAGUAGCUAUCACAGAUUAGUUGUUUUCUUUAUUAGUCUUGCAUGCAGAGUUAUGGUCCUCAGUUAAGAUAGGAUCUUGAUAUUGAUUAUUUUGUGUAGGAAAAUGAGUGCAUAAGAAUAACUUCCUAAAAAAAUGUUACAAUGAUUAUUGUAAAAUGGGCUAACUAAUAUGUACCCUUGUGAUCCAAUUAGUUUCAAGUAUAUGAAAAUCAGAGGAGAGGCUUCUUACUAUUAUGCUGAAAUAAAAGAAUUUGUAAAGGA